CGUAGUUGUCGUUUUGUUUCUCGUUUGGAUUUGUCCAUUCUCUUUCCAUUCCUUAACAACCUACUCAAUCUUUCAAGAUGGUUCGCAUGUCCGUUUUGGCAGAUUGCCUCAAGACGAUUUCCAACGCGGAAAAGCGUGGACGCCGACAGGUUCUGAUCCGACCUUCCAGUAAAGUCGUCAUUAAGUUUUUGCAAAAAAUGCAAGAGCAUGGCUACAUUGGAGAAUUCGAGAUUAUUGACGAUCACAGAGCCAACAAGAUCGUUGUGGAGCUAAACGGACGACUGAACAAGUGCGGUGUCAUCUCUCCCCGAUUCGACGUCAAGGUGGACGAAAUCGAAAAGUGGAUCGUCAAUCUUCUGCCGUCUCGUCAAUUCGGACACAUUCUGAUUUCCACCACGUACGGAAUCAUGACCCACGAAGAAGCACGACGCAAAAAGACGGGAGGCAAAAUAUUGGGCUUUUUCUACUAGAGGAAGAAUAGACUGAUGAAGAAAGGUCAAGCGCGAAACGUCUAAUUACAAAAUCGUAACAAAGAAAGAAGGAUUAUAUUU